AUGAUGUGGUAAUGCGCUCAUUGCAUUGGAGGUGAUCUGCUUAUUCUGCGUUCCGGCUUGGGAAAAUGUGCAAAACCUAAAUCGUAGGGGAGUGGUAUCGGAUGUCGGCAUGUCCGCAACGACACGCUUCAAGUCGCGUUGGUUUUACUACUUUGCUUCAAUUGCAAGCUAUGCUGAACGGCAAUUGUGCUUGUUAUGACCAACUGAGCAUGUUAAAAAAGCUGGCCUUGUUUACCGGCUGCUCUGCUACAUGCAUGGUAUUUACGCAUAUAAUGAAUAUAGUUUGGCCGUCUCAGAGACUGCCAAAUAAAAUAGCGUUGACCCUUCUUUCCGCGGCGCUCUGUAUUUGCCGUGAGCUGACUGUUCCUACAUAGUUCAAUGCGCAUGUACUAUGCUACUUGCUGUGGUUAGCAGACACUGUGGUUAGCAGAUACGAUUCAGUUUUAGGAAAUUGCUAAAGUCAUGUGAUGCCGUCUCAAUGACC